UAGUGAUUCACUGCACAAGCCGUCUGUUUUUAUUAUUAGAUAUUAUUUGUUUUGUUACCGCCUCGAAAAAUCUUGGAUAUUUAUUAAGGUCAAGAGUACCCGAAACCGACGAGAUUGCAUGAAGAGACUUAUGAAUGUGGAUGAAGCAAAAGAGGUAAUAUAAUGACAAAUGACGCUGGGCAACCGGUGGAUUACGAUGUUACUAAAGGAAAAUUAACCGAAAUAUAUAGAAAACUAGAUGAAAAAGAAAUUAGCAAUGACACACACAAGGAAGUAAAUGAAACAAAUGUAAAAACUGACAAAACAGAUGAAGUAAAUAAAACAAAUGUAAAAACUGACAAAACAGAUGAAGUUAAAGAUAAAACAGAGUCUGAUAAUGAUGUUGCAAAUGUAAAUGAAUUCUCGAAUUAUGUGCGUAAUAUAGUAACCUCAAACAAUGGACUGGCAAAUGAGAAACCUGACAAAGACGCGACUCUUUUGGCGGAAUCGAACACUGUCGCGAGGUUUUCACCGUUUUGGAGACAGUCACUAGCCGCAGCUGCUCCCAUCUUCCUCAGCUUCACAGCGGGCCUCACGUCUGGAUACUCCGGCAUCCUGCUGCCCCAGUUGCAGGAGCCCGGCAGCCCUAUUUACAUUGAUGAAAGCACCAAGUCUUGGAUUGCUGCAAUGGCGGCACUGCCUAUGGCACCAGGAUGUCUCAUAUCUGGCUGGCUUAUGGAGAAGUUUGGUCGGAAACUAUCACAGUACAUCCUCUGCGCACCGUUCCUUCUCGGCUGGAUCCUGAUCGCCUGCGCGAAUAACUUAGCCUUGAUGUUAUUAGGAAGGUUCUGCACAGGACUCUGCGUUGGUCUCUUAGGCCCAUUAGGGCCUGUCUACAUCGGCGAAACAACAGAUCCAAAAUACAGAGGAUUUUUCCUGGCAGGAGUGUCUUUGGCCAUAGCAGUUGGUCUCCUCGUUGCGCACUUACUUGGAACCUUCCUCAGCUGGCAAAUCACAGCUGGGAUUUGCUGUAUAUUCCCAGUUCUAACUGUAAUUUUACUCGCUUUCGUCCCAGAAAGUCCAACUUGGUUAAUCGGCCAAGGUAAAAUUGAAAAAGGAGCUAAAUCCUUCACAUGGUUAAGAGGUGCUAGUCCUGAAGCCAACGCAGAAUUAAAAGGCCUUCUAGAUAAACAGAAAAUACAAGAUGCAGAACCAGAAAUGAGUAUUAAAGAGAAACUUCUAAGCCUUAAGAGUCCUGAGCUGUUAAAGCCAUUGGGGAUUAUGAUAUUAUUUUUCGUAACUUGCCAAUUUUCAGGUGUUAACGCUGUAGCGUUUUAUUCUAUAGAAAUAGUGGAGAAAGCUGUCGGGAAGGGUUUGGAUCACUAUAUGGUGAUGCUGGUUAUAGAUGCCUUAAGGACAGCCGUGUCUGUAGCUGCUUGUAUCAUCUGCAAACAAUAUGGAAGAAGACCAUUGUGCUUCAUCAGUGGAAUCCUUACAGCGUUAUCUAUGGUCGGACUAUCAAUGUUCCUGUACUGGAAACCGCCUGAUAUGGCAUGGUUGCCACUUAUAUUCCUAAUGGUUUACAUAUGUGCAAUUUCAAUAGGGCUGGUUCCUUUACCCUGGAUCAUGUGUGGAGAAGUAUUCCCUACAAGGGUUAGGGGCCUUGGAUCUGGUAUCAGCUCAGCUACAACAUUCUUCGCAUUUUUUGUAGUUGUCAAAACAGCUCCAGGAAUGAUGACUCAUUUUGGAGAAGUCAUCACGUUCCUUGUUUAUGGAGUUAUAGCUUUGAUAGGAACUGGUAUAUUGUACUUCAUCCUACCAGAGACAAAGGGAAAGAGUUUGCAAGAAAUAGAAGACAAGUUUAAAAGGAGAAAUGGUAAGAGCGAAGCAUAAUACUCGGAAGAUGUAAGAAGAAAAUUAAACUUACUAAUAUCUACAUAGCUUAAAGCUAAGUAAUUUUUAAUCUGUGAUACUCAUUUUGUCAUAAAUGACGUUAAUUAAAAAAUAAUACGUGUUAUUUUGUGUAUUAUUUUUUCAAACUAUUAACUUGAUUCAAACUAUUGUACUUGAUGAUGUACAAAGGAAACA